CAUCGCCUUCCGCGCAUUGCGUAGCCGCGCGCCAAAAAGGCUGCGCGGGCCGCCGCGGUCAGCUGACGAGGGCCGGAACUACUUUCUUCGCGAGGCACGUGACCGCGCGACAUGGCCGACGUAAAUAAGGAAACCUUUAACACUGGCGACUCUGAGGAUGACUCCGAGGAGGAGCUGGAGGAGCCCAAACUGAAGUAUGAACGCUUGGGGAACGAGGUGACCGAUAUUUUGAAGCAUGACGCAGCCAGCUGCAUGGCGGUGCACGACAAGUUCGUGGCGUUGGGAACCCAUUUUGGCAAAGUGUUUAUUUUGGAUGUCGAUGGCAACAAAAUCAGAGAGUUUUCAUCUCACACAGUGACUGUGAAUCAAAUCAGCUUGGAUAUGGAUGGAGAAUAUAUCGCCAGCUGCUCUGAUGAGGGAAAGGUAUUCAUCCAUGGUCUUUACAGCAGUGAGGCCAACACAGACUGCAAUUUUGAUUCGCCUAUUAAAGCGGUGGCUUUACACCCAGAAUUUGGAAAGAUUCAAUCCAGGCAAUACAUUACAGGAAGUGACAAGCUUUAUCUGUGUGAGCGUGGAUGGCUUGGAAAGCAAAAAUUAACAGUGCUACAUCAGGGCGAAGGAAUCAUCACCACCAUCAAGUGGAGAGCCAAUCUUAUUGCUUGGGCGAAUAGCAAGGGUGUCAAGAUGUACGACAUGAACCUUAAGCAACGCAUCACGACGGUGUCGCGAGACAAUACCAGCCUGCGGCCUGAGAUCUACCCCUGCAGCCUGUGCUGGAAGGAUGACCUCACACUCUUUAUCGGCUGGGCAGACACUGUGAAGAUAUGUGUGGUUAAAGAGAGGGUUGCAGCAGAAAACCGAGACCUCCCACGCCGCUAUGUGGAAAUAGUUUCAGCAUUCCAAGUAGACUUCUUUGUGAGUGGCAUCGCACCCCUGGGAAACCAGCUGGUUGUCCUGUCCUACAUGCUUGAUGAAAGUACCAAAAAUGCGUACCGACCACAGCUGCGCAUUCUGCAGCAUCAGGAGGACUCGUACGAGGAGACCUCUUGUGAUGCCCUCUCCAUUCGUGGGUACCAUCAAUACCGCUGCUGUGACUAUCACCUAGCUUACCCUACGGAGGAGUUGAUGUAUUACAUUGUGAGCCCACGGGAUGUGGUGGUGGCAAAGGAGAGAGACCAAGAUGACCACAUUGCCUGGCUCCUGGAGACAAAGCAAUAUCAGGAAGCUCUGCUUGCAGCAGAAGUCAGUCAGAAGAGUCUUAAGAGACACAACGUUUUGGACAUUGGCCGUGCCUACAUUUCUCAUCUCUUGACAACAGGUGAAAGUGACACAGCCGGAAGGAUCUGUCAGAAGGUACUGGGAAAAAAUAUGGAGCUGUGGGAGGAUGAAGUGUACAAGUUUAAGAAGGUUGGGCAGCUCAAGGCCAUCAGUCGGUAUUUGCCACGGGGUGAUCUGCGCUUGAGACCUGCCAUCUAUGAGAUGAUCCUAAAUGAGUUCCUUUACUCGGAUAUAGAGGGAUUUGCAUCCCUCAUUCGUGAGUGGCCUGGAAACCUCUAUAAUAACCUGGCCAUUGUGAAGACGGUCAUUGACAAGCUGAACCGUGACCCCAACAACCCUGUCCUGCUCAAAACGCUGGCUGAGCUCUAUACGUAUGACCAGCGCUAUGACAAGGCUCUCGCGAUUUACCUGCGCCUCAAGCACGAAGAUGUGUUCGAGCUGAUUCACAAGCACAACCUCUUCUCUGCUAUACAAGACAAGAUACCUUUGCUCAUGGACUUUGACAAGGAGAGAGCUGCAAAGUUACUUCUGGACAAUGAAGACAAAAUCCCCAUCACGCAAGUAGUGACGGAGUUGAAGGAUCGGCCAGAGCUGCAACAUGUGUACUUGCACAAGUUGUUCCAGUGGGACCCACACAAGGGCGACAAAUAUCACGAGUUGCAAAUUGGGCUGUAUGCGGAGUACGACCGUCCGAACCUGCUUCCCUUCCUGAGAAACAGCAUUCACUGCCCGCUACAAAAGGCUCUCGAAAUCUGUCAACAGAGGCAUUUUAUUGAAGAGACGGUUUUUCUCCUUAGUCGUAUGGGGAACAGCAAGCAGGCCUUGCGGAUGAUCACAGAGGAGCUAAAUGACGUGGACAAAGCCAUCGAGUUUGCAAAGGAACAGGAUGACCCAGAGCUCUGGGAUGACCUCAUCACCUACUCUAUAGAUAAACCUGCUUUUGUUACGGGCUUGCUGAACAACAUUGGAACACACGUUGAUCCCAUCAUCCUUAUCCGGCGUAUCAAGGAGGGAAUGGAGAUCCCACACCUGCGCGACUCCCUUGUGAAAAUUCUACACGACUACAAUCUCCAGAUCUCACUGCGUGAAGGUUGUAAGAAGAUCCUAGUUGCCGAUUGCGUUGCUCUCAUGAGGAGGCUGCAGAAAGUUCAGCGACGUGCAAUUUAUGUUGAGGAGGAAAAUAUUUGUGAGGUCUGCCAAUCAUCUAUUUUGCCAGAAGAUCUGAACAGAGCUACUGACAUCGUGGUCUUCUUCUGCCAUCACAUGUUCCACAAGGAAUGCAUCUCCAGCAAUGCCACGUUCUGCAAUAUCUGCAGUGCCCAGCGGAGGGGGCCAGGCAGUGGAUUUUCAGGAUUCAAAACGUCAUGAGAAAAGACCAUCCGUACCACGUGUGUACGGCAGAGGGCAGUCCUCUCGGCGCAUUAAAUCUAUACGCUUUGCGGAGUAGUAAUUCCCACUCCACUGCCGGAAAUAUGUAAUCACCACAGUGUGAGACAGGUACUACGUCAAAAGGGAAGGUUAUGCCAAUUAUUUAUUUGGUGUACUAGUAUGAAGGUAUGUGAACGUUUGUAAAAAAUUAUGUUAACUAUCCAAAAUAAGAAAACACUCCACAUAAUUCUCAUUCUAUGAUGAAACUUUGAAGCCUGUUGCUAGUUUAAUUUUAAAGGAUUUUGCAAUUAUACAGCGUCAACUGGAUAAUUUGUUGUUGAAAGUGCUUGAAUAAAUGCAUGAAGCAUAUGUUCGUCACCACUGAACCAUAACUUUAAAUUGUCUAAUUUUAAAUGCCCUCAACAUUGGUGAUAUUCACCAGAAAACAUUGGACAUUAAAUCUAGUAAAAAUGUUCCCACAACUUCGAUUUCUAUGCUCGAACCUAUAUUUGACUAAACGUCACAAAUCUGUCGCCUGAUGAAGCUAGUUGUCAUUACUGGCAAAACGUCGUACUCAGAUUGUAAAUGUUGUGGCUUGGCUCUCCAACACACCGGUGUGCUGUACUAGUGGCGAAUUGGCAUGUUCUGUUUACGUGACAACCCUUACUAGUUGGCUGUGUCGGGUGGUGGUGGGCUUUAACGACAUAUAUUUACGUGAUCUCACCGAAAAAACCUCUUAUGGGUCGAAAAUGAGUUCUGUGUAAAUUAACACCUGCCAACAUGUGCCUCCAGUUAAGUGCUAAGUUCACUUGAAAAAUACGAGGGUUAUUAAUAAUGUAUUUGUGCAUAGCAGUACACAUCAUCAUUGUACAGAUUGUCUUUAGUAUGGAAUUGAACAUUAUUGUCAAAAUAUGUAAGGCUAAUAAGAGUAACUUGUAAUUGAAUGUAACUAAUUAACAUUUAAACAACACAUUAGGCAUCCAGUGACACCAGGAGUAACCCAAGCAAGUCCAACUUAGAGCUAAGCAAUUGCUCGUAUUGAAUUUCGUCUACUUUGUGUUUGGCCAUCUGCUAUCAAGUAUUUAUAUUGAUGUAAAGUUAAUGAAUAGUGUGGCUUACAUGCCAUUAUUCACCAUGUUUUGUUGUAAGAUAAUAAAAUCUUGCUUAUGAAAUAUUCA